CCCAUUUCCUCUCGCUUCAUUUCAAAUUUUUCGUCGCUUAACCCAAACGCAGAGCUCUCUCUUCUCUCUCUAUCUCUCUUGCUCCGAUUCUCUCAUUUCUCCGAUAACGCUGAAGCCAUGGUUGUGGCGCAAAAACUGAAGGAGGCGGAGAUUACCGAGCAGGAAUCGCUUCUUCUGACGAGGAACCUGCUUCGCAUCGCUAUAUUCAAUAUCAGUUACAUCCGAGGCCUUUUUCCGGAGAAGUAUUUCAACGAUAAAUCUGUUCCUGCUUUAGAGAUGAAGAUCAAAAAGCUAAUGCCAGUGGAUGCAGAGUCUCGCAGACUUAUUGAUUGGAUGGAGAAAGGUGUAUACAACGCCUUGCAGAAGAAGUACCUGAAAACGCUUUUGUUCUGUGUGUGUGAAGACGUUGAAGGGCCGAUGAUAGAGGAAUACACUUUUUCUUUCAGCUAUUCAAAAUCUGAAAACCAGGAAGUUUCAAUGAAUAUCAAUCGAUCCGGGAAUAAGAAACAGGGUGGAACAUUCAAGUAUAACUCCACAACAGAAAUUACACCCAACCAGAUGAGGAGUUCUGCUUGUAAAAUGGUCCGCACACUGGUUCAGCUGAUGAGAACUUUGGAUAGAAUGCCAGAAGAGCGCACCAUUCUGAUGAAACUCCUAUACUAUGAUGAUGUCACGCCAGCAGAUUAUGAGCCUCCAUUCUUCAGAGGCUGCACAGAAGAAGAAACUCGAAACUCAUGGACCAAGAAUCCUUUGAAAAUGGAAGUUGGGAAUGUAAACAGCAAGCAUCUUGUCUUAGCUCUCAAGGUAAAGAGCGUGCUUGAUCCCUGUGAGGAUGAAAAUGAUGAUAUUCAAGAUGAUGAAGUGAGCUUAGGAGAUGACUCCAUGCAAAUGGAUGGCUCUUCUGAAUCUGACAGUGAGGUGAAUCAAUCUCAAGACGACCAAUAUAUAGUUGUUCCUGCAGCUAAGCAUCAACCACAGGAAGAUAACAGCAUACUUAAGGAAGAUAAUUGCAUGGAUGGUGAAGCUACAGAUGAUACUCAGGAUCCAGAGGAAGAUGAACAGCAAUUUUCCCGGAUAAAGAACUGGAUCAGUAGUUGCCAUCUUGACACUGUUGAAGUUACUGAUGUUCUCUCGAAUUUCCCAGACAUUUCAGUGGUUCUAACUGAAGAAAUUAUGGACAAGCUUGUUGUGGAAGGCAUUCUAUCAAAAGCUGGAGGGGACACUUACACUAUUAACAGGCAGAAGAAGUCUGAUUAUGAGUUCACUGUGUUGAAACAAGAAAUUAAUAGUCAAGCAGUCCUGGUUGGUGACAAAACUCCAAUGUCUAAUGAUCACAUGUACAUGAAGGCGCUGUGUCAUGCUCUUCCUAUGCAGUAUGUGUCAGUCGCAAAGCUUCAGAACAAGCUUGGAGGAAAAGCAAAUCAGAGUACAGUGCGGAAGAUGAUUGAUAAGAUGGCACAAGAAGGUUUUGUUGAAGCCAAAGGCAACCGAAGGCUAGGAAAGCGUGUGAUCCAUUCUGAUGUUACUGAGAAGAAACUUAUUGAAGUCCAUAAAGCUUUGAAUUUUGAUGCAAUGGAUGUUGACAACGUUGAACCACCAAGCAAGUCAAAUCAUCAAGACAUUCAUCCAAUGGGAAGCAACUACAGAGACAUAUCCACAUGUGGUGUGCUCCGCUCGAUUGGAUCAGAUCUCACACGCAUGAGAAUAAGGCCUAAUUCACAGGAAUAUAGUCCAAACAGGAGUGAGCAGACUACUUCAAAGACAAAGGAGCAGGGAAACACUCCCACAAGCAGGGCGCAGCCAGUAAUUUCAAGAGAGAGCUUUGCACCUGGCAAUGAUGAUAUUAGAGCCAAUGGCAACACAAAUCACUGUGACGAUGGGGAGAGAGUGGUCUGUAGUAGUAUGUCCACCCAAGGCAAACGUUCCAGGAAAACAAGCAUGGUCAAGGAGCCUAUUCUACAGUACACAAAGCGCCAGAAAUCUCAAAACCUAUGA